AUGGGAUUCCGCAUCACUACGUGGAAUGUGAACGGCAUCAGAAAUCCGUUCGGAUAUCAACCAUGGAGAGAGCAGCGCACCUUUCAGGCCAUGUUCGAGAUAUUAGAAUCAGAUAUUGUGAUCAUGCAAGAGACAAAGAUUCAGCGAAAAGACUUACAAGAUGACAUGGUUUUAGUCCCAGGCUGGGACGUCUUCUUCAGCUUGCCAAAGCAUAAGAAAGGAUAUUCUGGCGUCGCCAUUUAUACACGAAAUGCCACUUGCGCCCCUAUUAGAGCUGAGGAGGGAAUUACAGGUGUACUUUGUCCCCCUCGAUCAAUGACCAAAUUCCGAGAUCUACCUUCGGACCAACAAAUUGGUGGCUACCCACGUCCCGGUCAGCUUUCAGGCAUUGUCGAAGACACAGUACUUGAUUCUGAAGGCCGAUGUGUUAUUUUAGAGUUUCCAGCAUUUGUGCUGCUUGGUGUUUACAGCCCUGCGAAUCGAGAUGAAAGUCGGGAUGAGUUUCGUACCAGCUUUUUCGAGGCCCUGGAUGUCAGAAUACGAAAUCUCGUGGCCGAAGGGAAGCAGGUCAUUCUUACUGGCGAUUUGAACGUGAUCCGCUCAGAAAUGGACUCAACAAAUGUCCUUGAGACGCUGCGCAAAGAAAAUAUGACUCUUGAGGAGUGGCUUUCUCUUCCGACACGCCGAAUUUUCAAUCAGCUCAUCUUCGAAGGCAACAUUGUUGGAGAUUAUGAUGAAGGUAGAGAAAGUGCAGUAUUGUGGGAUUUGUGCCGUUGUUUUCAUCCAGAUCGACUAGGCAUGAACACUUGUUGGGACACCAAAAGAAACACCCGACCAGCCAACAAUGGCAGCCGAAUAGACUAUAUAUUGUGCAGUCAGGGCAUCAAAGACUGGUUUACAUUUGCCAGCAUCCAGGAAGGUCUGAUGGGUUCAGACCACUGUCCAGUGUUUGCUACCAUCGCUGACACAGUCUCCUUCAAAGACAACCAGGUCUGCCUCAGCGAUGUUAUGAACCCGAUCGGGAUGUUCAAGAAUGGCAAGAGGAUGCGAGAUCUGGUGCAAAAGGACAUUUUGCCACUGUCAGCAAAACUCAUUCCCGAGUUCGACCGACGCCAGAGCAUCAGGGACAUGUUCUUCAAAAAGGGUACCAGCAGCGGCCAUACUCCCGGGCACCAGCCCUCUGCGCCUUCAAGCGUAACAGACGAUUCUACCAUCCAAAUUGCCGACGGUGGUAUGGAGAGUAAACUAGAAAGUGUCAUUCAACCAAGCAGUGCCGAGGUGAUCACCACCACUCCACCAAAAUCCAAAGAGCCCGUGGAUCUACAAUCUAGCCGGCAACAAAAGCGAUCUCCCGACCCAUCCGAUCACACGCCAAGGCAACUGAAGCGAAGCAAAUCGGGAACAGAUUCAGCUGGACCCAAGCAAAAGAUCAUACAGGGGCAAACUACAUUAAAAGGGUUCUUCAAGCCGAUGAGCUCGGCGACAAACUCCGCAGCGGUAACCGGUGGUCAGCAAGCACAGAGCAGCACAACGGAUCGUCCAACUACCACGUCGACAUCACCGCCCAGAGACGCCGUCGCCGGGCUCUACACAGCGGAGAUCGGAACAUUAGCACAUGAGCAAUCUGACCGUGCUAAUGAUGCAGUCGAAGUUCCAAAGUCACCCGAGAAAGUUUUCGACCCUAUAGAAAACAAGGAGUCUUGGUCCAAAUUACUUGGAAAACGAGUUGUCCCCCGAUGUGAACACAAUGAACCAUGCAUCAGCCUCGUCACCAAGAAGCCGGGUGUGAAUCGUGGUACGUAUUUUCAGAACUCUGCAGUAUCCCUCCAACUCUCGCCAGGCACCUUUCCAUCUCGUGCGGCCAUCCUCAUCGAGUGCCAUCUCUCAGACGGUCGUUUUAUAUUUGUCCCCGACCCCUCGGUCCCUCGGGAGAGAAAGAGAAGGCUUCUGAAUGGCGAUGUGGAACUUUCAUCUGGAGUAGUGAUUGGAAUGGCACAUCUUCGACGUAGCUAA